CUUCCGUUUUCAGCACCACGGACAGCUCCGUCUCUCUCAUCCCCCCUCCCCUCCUCACCGAGACCUUAUACAGCGGCUUGAGGCAGAGAGGUAAACUUUUGGCAAUAUCCUGACUGAAGGUUUGGAACCGGUGCAUGCAGAGCACUGAACGCGUCCUUCUGCUCCCAUGCCUAUCAGAGACGCUCGCUGCCGCUAGAAACAACAGAAUCCGCGACCCGACAAGGGAGAGGCUCCGGAGAAAGAUAAAGGCUCCCGAUAUGAAAUGAAUAUGCACGGAGACGAUUCCGUGAGAAAGACCUGCCUUUAUUUGCUGCGGGGGAUCAAAUUGUAAUCGCGAUCGUCUCAAAAUAAAAUAAAAGGAGAGCCGAGUGACUCACAGCACAGAAACAGAACCGAGAGGUGGUUGAAGAGAGAAGGAACACUGAGCAGGAGGGAAGCGAAAGGAGGGAACCGAACUGCAUGUGAGACCGCUGGUCCAGGCGCGCGCACACCGGAGGCAAGAGAUGCAGCCUGCGAGCAAGCUCCUGACUCUGAUUCUCCUCAUCUUCAUGGGCACAGAACUCACCCAAGUUUUGCCAGCAAACCCAGAGGAGUCGUGGCAGGUGUACAGUUCUGCCCAGGAUAGUGAAGGAAGGUGUGUCUGCACCGUGGUGGCACCCCAGCAGUCCAUGUGCUCGCGGGAUGCCCGCACCAAACAACUGCGGCAGCUGCUGGAGAAGGUCCAAAACAUGACGCAGUCCAUCCAGGUGCUGGAUCAGCGCACCCAGAGGGACCUUCAGUAUGUAGAGAAGAUGGAGUCCCAGCUCCGUGGCCUGGAGACGAAGUUCAGGCAGGUGGAGGAGAACCACAAGCAGAACAUCGCUAAGCAAUACAAGGCCAUAAAGGCGAAAAUGGAGGAGCUUAGGCCGUUGAUACCAGUGUUGGAGGAGUACAAAGCCGAUGCCAAAUUGGUAUUGCAAUUUAAGGAGGAGGUCCGAAAUCUGACGUCAGUUCUAAGCGAGCUACAAGAAGAGAUGGGGGCCUAUGACUACGAGGAGCUCCACAACAGAGUGUCAAAUCUUGAGGAGAGACUGCGAGCAUGCAUGCAAAAAUUAGCCUGCGGCAAACUGACGGGCAUCAGUGAUCCAAUCACCAUCAAGACGUCUGGAUCAAGAUUUGGCUCCUGGAUGACAGACCCACUGGCACCUGAAGGAGAUACCCGGGUUUGGUACAUGGAUGGAUACCAUAAUAACCGCUUUGUUCGGGAGUACAAGUCUAUGCAUGACUUCAUGACGUCAGACAACUUCACGUCCCACCGACUGCCGCACCCUUGGUCAGGAACAGGUCAGGUCGUCUACAACGGCUCCAUCUACUUCAACAAAUUCCAGAGCCACGUCAUCAUCAAGUUUGAUUUUCGCACCUCCUCUAUUAGCAAGUCUCGGCAGCUCGACUAUGCCGGCUUCAACAACGCUUAUCACUAUGCCUGGGGAGGCCAUUCAGACAUUGACCUGAUGGUUGAUGAAGGAGGCCUGUGGGCUGUCUAUGCCACCAACCAGAAUGCAGGCAAUAUUGUCAUUAGCAAGCUGAACCCCAACACCCUGCAGAUCAUCAAAAGUUGGACCACCAACCAUCCCAAACGGAGCGCUGGAGAGUCUUUUAUGAUCUGUGGAACACUCUAUGUUACAAACGGAUACUCUGGAGGGACCAAGGUAUAUUAUGCCUACUCCACCAACUCUUCCACUUAUGAGUAUAUUGACAUUCCCUUACAAAAUAAGUACUCGCAUAUCUCCAUGCUAGACUACAACCCUCGUGACAGAGCCCUGUAUGCUUGGAACAAUGGCCACCAGGUGCUCUAUAAUGUGACACUGUUUCACGUUAUCCGCUCAGAGGAACUGUAAUAGGUGAGGAUUCAAUAAAUAUCGACAAAUGUUGUCUGUGAAAAAACAAAAACAUUGAUUCUAUUAAUUUUCCAAAACAAAAGACCACAACAAGAACAUCUUGUUAAGGCAAAGAAUUGAAGGACCAUAUCCAUGAAUGUAAAAUGGAUAGAAUGUGUAUGUGAAUACAAAUCUUUUACUGUGUUUCAUUCCAAAAUUAUGUCAUACCUUAAAAUCUGCAAUAUUAUUUAGCGCAAAACAAAAGAAAAAAAUCUAAGAAAUAUUUAAAUAUUUUGUAAAUAAAUGUCUUAAAAUUAGUUUUGACUUUAUGGUGUACUUUAUUUUGAUAGUUAUCCUUAGAGGUUUUUUUUUAUUUUGGAAUGAAACUCUUUAAUCAUUUGUUGUCUAGAAAAAAGAAUGUAAAAUUAGAAUAUAUUAGACUGAAAACAUUGAGAACAGAUGCCAGUUAAAGAGAAAUUAUCACGCCUUUUUUAUAUAAAGCAAAUAUCAACCCAAGGUCAUUCCAGAGGCUCCUGUUUUUUCUGCAGAACUCCUUCCAGAUGAACUUUUUGGUGGCCAGUAAGGAGGGUUGGGAAACCUGAACAAAGACUGUUGUUUAUAAACUGUACGAAAUCCCACCCUGCCCUGGGCCCAUAAAUAAAAGUCGGAGGCUCUAGUCAGAGGACUGUAUAGCCAAAAGGAGGUGAUCUGUCAUAUCAUUUUUAUCGAAAUACAGUAGCAAAUCUAAAGUCUGUAGUAAAACAAUAUCAUCUACUAAAAGACCUGAAGGCACUGACUGUUGAUCGCACUGUUUCUGUUCUUUUUUUUAAUCAGAUUUUUCAGCAUUAGUGAUUAUUUGUUGAAAAGGCUUUCUUUGCAUGAUUGUUUUCUAUAAUGCCACUCUGCUCUGCUGAAUGUGUUUUGCUGUAUUAUACUGUAAAUCAAGAAAGGAGUUGGAGGAAGGAACUAAUUCAAGGAUUUACAAAACUUUUUAGUUUUCCCUAUUUCUUCCUGUUGAACCACUAUGUUCCAUUUGUUUCCUUUUCUUAGCCUCCAUUUUGAAUGUUCUUGUACCACUUUAACCGUCAAUACUAAUUUUGCCUACUUGUUUUUAUUUUAUUGGACUGUGUAGGAGGAAUCUAGCUAGCUCAUUAAUCUAUGUAAGAAGCUAAAAAAUAUAUAUUAAUAACAGAAUGUAUGAAAUAUUGUCCUGUUGGCAAGGGAACAUUGGUCCCCUAUCCUCAUCCCACAUCAUGAACUUGAAGUGGGGAGGGAUAUACAUUAAAAGGGUGUUCCAUCACAUGUCAUGUAACACCCCCACUGUUAGUGGAGGAUAAUGUUUGUUAAAUGUAUGUAUACCCUUGCUUAAGGCAACAGCUUUUCACUCUUUUUGCGCUUUGCUGGACAUGUGUUGUAUCUGAAAUGAGAUGGUUAAUGAUUCGUGUCAAUAAAACAAACAAAUCUA